AUAUUUUAUUUAUGCUUAAAUACACAUUAAUUUGCAUUUUCCGCCCCAAAACCCUUGCUGACUAGUGCCCCAGAGUGAGAUACUCUUUUUCCCAGCCACAUUUUCCAUAUCUCCUGGAUUGUACACACACACACACACAGACACAUUGAAAAAUACCCAAAGGCGGAAAGAGGACGCACUGGCUCGCUCAAAAGCUUGCCGGUGAGAAAAGCUUGAAAACCGAAACCGAAACCGAAUCCAAAACCGAAUCCGAGGGGAACUGGGACUGCUGCUCCAUCCGCCCCGUUGGCUCGCACGUUUCGUUGGUACAUUUGUCGAGUGCGGCUGCUGCCUUCGCUUAGUCGUUUGCCGUUUGUCAACCGUUUGCCAGCGUUUGUGCCGUGCGCCGAAAGCGAGUCCAAGAAGCUCUUUGCAAGGGGAAUACUAUUCCAGAGGAGAUAACACCCAAUCUGUGACAAGAAUCUCUCUCGAAAUCGAAACGAAAAAGGCAACGAAAUAAACAGAGAAAUCUAGUGCUUAGAGUGCAUCGAAAUAAGUAAAAUUAAAUUUAACCAAAAUGCAGUACAUCUAUGUGAUUAGUGCGCUGAUUUUGGCCAUCGCCGUGCAGCAAGGCUAUGCCAUCAAGUGCUUUGUCUGCAACAGCCACAAAGAUGCCAAUUGUGCGCUGGACAUACCGCCGGACAACUUGUUGAAGGACUGCGAUGAGCAGUACUCGUCCCGCGGCAAGGGCAUUCCCACCUACUGCCGCAAGAUCACACAGAUCAUUGAGUUCUCCGUGAACAGCCUGCCCCCAGAUAGCCGUGUGAUAAGGACCUGUGGCUACCAGAACCAGACCUCCACCAGCUAUUGCUAUCAGCGUGCUGGCUUCGGUGGUCGCCAGGUGGUCUGCUCCUGCGACACGGACAAUUGCAAUGGCGCCGGAGCGUUGGGAGUCUCCACCACAGCAAUGGUGGCAGCGGUGGCAGUGGGACUCCUCCUGGGAGCCCGCCAGUGGCUGCAGCGUUAAAUAGGGCACCGAGGGAGAGCGCCACCUCAGUUGUUUUAUUUUUUACUUUGUUUUUAUCGAAUGCAUCCACCCAGUUUUUUGUUAUUACGUAUUGCUACCGCAGCUAACUCUCUGACAUCUGUGACUCCUCACUUUCACCCGCUUUUUGCCCCCAUCAACAAGGUCCACACGUAGAGCUGCUCCAGAGACUGGUGACUCUGGGACAAGCUUAAUUUUGUAACAAUUUUUUGAAUGAAGAACCGUAAAAGCUUUAUACAAAGUAUUAAAAGAAAAACAAACAGAAUAAUAAUAAUUCCCGUAAAUUGAAGUGUAUAUAAAAAAACAAAAAUAAAGGAGAGCAAGAAACCAUUGGCCAAUAUAAUCGUUCAAAUUUUGAAACUAACACCACGUAUUAUUGCCAGAGAAUGGAAAAUAACGAUAUAAAAGAACUAAAAACCUACCGCAGUUGAAAUAAAAAGUAUUUAAACAAAUCCAAAAAAUAAACAAAUAAGUCAAGAGAGGCCACAAUGUUAAAAAUUAAGGCUACACAAAAAACAAAAUAAAAUAAAAAUCGUAGAACAUAAACUAUAAAUGUUAACACAACACACUUUUGCCUAAGUUUGUCUACUUUUUAAUUUCAUAAGACUUAAAAUUCUAAAAACAUGCAAAACAAAGCUAAAGCUAAUUAAUAAAAGUAUUUAAAACGUAAAGGUUCAACGAGGAAGAACACACACUUCAUAG